UGAGUAAGAGUCGCACUACUUCAAAUAUUGGUCUUUAGGAGACCUGAUAAUUUCUCGUUUAUACUUUGUGAAUUCAUUUUAUUAGAAUGGAUAGAAAAGACAAUGCAUUCGUCCAAUUUAUGGAAACUGUAUUGUACGUUUUAGAUGCACCAGUUGAAUUUUUCCGAGAAAAGAUCGUUACACCGAAUCAGAAGAAGUAUCCCUGGUAUCAUCAAAAAUUUCGUCGCGUUCCAACAAUUGACGAAUGCUAUGAACUAGAUGUACUUUGUUAUGCAGAAGCACAGAGUCAAUAUCAACGUGAUAAGAUGGUUGAAGAUGAGAUUCUUAGUAUAUUAAGACAACGAUAUGAAGAUUGUGCAUGGUAUUAUGGGGAAGAUAAAGAUGCAUAUUGUGCUGAGUUAUAUAAACAUUACGAGAUUGCAUCUGGUGCAUGGUUUGCAAAAUAUGGAGAUAUGGGUGCACAUGCAAAUGUACGUGAAGCAUUCAUGAAACAAAAGCAUCGUAUGAUUUGGGAAAGACGCCAUGGUCCAGUUGGUAGUGGUAUAACUAAUAAAACAUAUGACGUAUAA